AUGAAGGCUGUGAGGCAAAGGGCGGCGGGCUCAGCGCGAGCUCCAGCUCCGGAAGGCCGACGCCGCGACCAGGGCAGCGCACGCCCGCCCGCGCGCGCGCCACGCAGGAGGCGGCGGACCGCGAGCACCAGCCCCCCGCGCACUCACCGCUGGGAGCUCCGUAAUGGCGGCAGCGGCGGCGAGGGCGGGGACCCCGGGGGGGUGGGGGGGGGCGGGUCCGCCACAGCCAGUCACCGCCGCCGGCAUCUUUCGAACCGGCUCCGAAAACCUCUGAGGGAGUGGGUGAAGGGGAGGGCGGAGUGGGGGGGGGGGGGUGAGAGGGCCGCCGCGCGCCUCAGGAGCAUGCGCGAGCCCUUAGCCAAUCAGAGCCGGGCAGGAGGACGCCGGCGCAGGCGCGCUGCGAGGGCAAGGGGCUCGGUUCGCAGCGAGGGUAGGGAAAGAGGUGGCGGAGCGGCCGGGGAAGGCAGACCACCCCCCCUAAAAAAAAAAGGCGCCACCUCCGGGGACGCGAGCGCCCCGCCCCCUCCUCUCAGGGAGCGGCGUCGGCGCCCCGGGCGAGCGGUCUCUGCCGCCCGCCUUCGGGGUCCAGCGGGCCCGCGCCCGCUGCCCGCCCGCCCAUUCCAUCCCGCGUUACCUCUGCGCUCCCCACUUCCUGGCGCCCGCGUACUGCGAGGCUUCUCGGCUCCGCUCCCGCUGCCGCUCACCGCCUCCGCCACCGCUGUCCUCCAGGCCCAGCCGCCGAGCUCUGCCGCCCCGCCCCCCUGCUCGCGGCCCCGCGCGCGCACUCGCGCGCGCCCAUCCCUCGCGCCGGCCCCGCCCCCCCGCGCGUCCUUCGCGCCGGCCCCGCCCCCGCUCCGACCCCCGCGCGCCGUUGGCCGCGCCCCCCACAGCCCGUGGGCGCGGAGGGAGCGCGCGAGACUCGCCUCCCCCCGGUCGGGCACGCGGGGGCGCGAGAAGGAGGGCGGGGCCGGCGCGAGGGACGCCGGGGCGGAGCUGAAUGUCAGCGCGUCUUCCGCCGGCGCCUCUCGGGUUGCUCCCGUCGUCUGGGCUGGCGCUGUUUCGGUGUCCUCGGGUUCCAUCUCUGAGUUUCCACUUCGGCGCCCCGUCUGCCUUUGGAGGGGGUUGGCCUUUCCCGCUCCCGAGUUGAGCACAAGAACGACCCUCUUCUUUGAAGACGACGAAAUGAUUAGAAACCCAGAGAGCGGAGAGUGUGCAGUUACCUCACGUUCGUUCCUUUGAAGUCUCACAGGACGCAGAAUGCCUCAGGAAAAGAACUGUAGAAGUUGUUUUUCUAGUCAAUGAAGCGGUCUCCUAAUCCACAUAAGCAGGGAGUGUCCUCUAGAAGGAACUCGGGAUUGGAAAGGGAAUUCCCUUAGAAUUUUUAGUUUGAGAGCCUCUGUUCCAGAUGUCAUUAGCCCUCUGGUGUUUGAUUGGAGUCAAUGUUUCUAGCUUCUUGAAGAGAUCUGAAAAGUGUUAAUGCCAAGAGUUUACUGUCAUUUUGAGGAGGGUGUCUAAUGCUGAAGCUGAAACUCCAAUACUUUGGCCACCUCAUGCGAAGAGUUGACUUA